CCUCAAUAAUAAAAAGCCUGUAUUAUAUAUAUAACACAAAGAAGGUCCAAGAACAUGGAAGUGGUUGAAGACAUUGUGAUUGUUGGAGGUGGAAUAGCUGGCCUUACCACAUCCUUAGGACUUCACAGGCUGGGAAUCCGGAGCAUAGUGUUGGAAUCAUCAGAUAGUUUGAGAGUUACAGGAUUUGCAUUUACAACUUGGACCAACGCUUGGAGGGCGUUGGAUGCCAUCGGCAUCGGUCAGUCCCUUCGCCAGCAACAUCAACUGCUCUAUGGGAUAAAGACCAACUCUAUAACUUCUGGACUUCCCACUUCAGAAGUGUCAUUUGAGACCAAAGGGGCAGGGUAUGGGGCACCCAAUGAAGUUAGAUGUGUGAAGAGGAAGUUGUUAGUGGAAACCCUUGAAAAAGAGCUGCCAAGUGGCACCGUCAAGUACUCCUCCAAGGUGGUUUCUAUUGAGGAUUCAGGCUACUUCAAGCUUCUCCAUCUUGCUGAUGGAACUAUUCUCAAGGCAAAGGUCCUGAUUGGGUGCGACGGAGUAAACUCAGUGGUGGCAAAAUGGCUGGGAUUCAAGAAGCCUGCUUUCGUGGGUCGAUCCGCAAUUAGGGGCUAUGCAGAUUUUAAGACAAGCCAUGACUUUGAGCCCAGAUUCAUACAGUGUGCUGGGAAAGGUGUCCGAAUUGGUUUCCUUCCCUGUGAUGAUAACACUAUUGAUUGGUUCUGCACCUACAUUCCAACCCCCAAAGACAAAGAGAUGGAAGAGAACCCAUCAAUGAUGAAGGAGUUUGUGCUGAGCAAACUUGAAAAACUACCUGACCAAGUGAAGGCUGUUGUUGAGGUCACUGAAUUGGAUAGUAUCAUAAAUUCUCCAUUGAGAUUCAGACUUCCAUGGGAAAUAUUAUGGGGAAAUACAAGCAAAGGUAAUGUCUGCGUGGCAGGCGACGCGUUCCAUCCCAUGACACCAGACAUUGGGCAGGGUGGGUGCGCCGCGUUGGAAGAUGGUGUUGUUUUAGCUAGGUGUUUGGCAGAAGCCUUGUGUAAGAGGAAGUCAAGUCGCCGAACAGAGGUUAAAAUUGCUGAAGAGGAAGAUGAACGUGAGAGGAUUGAGAUGGGGUUGAAGAAGUUUGCUGAAGAAAGGAAAUGGAGGGCCUUUAAGCUCAUUAGCACAGCUUAUAUGGUGGGUUUUAUACUGCAAAAUGAUGGGAUGGUGAUAAGCUUUUUGAGAGACAAAGUAUUGGCUGCAUUCCUAUCGAGGUUGCUACUUAAAAGGGCUGAUUUUGAUUGUGGGAAGCUUUGUAUUUCUUGAUUCAUUUUUCUUUUUGUUUUGCUUUUCUGUCCAGGUCCCUAUUAAAGAUUUCAUAGGGCUUCUUUUGAGAUCAAAUAGGCCGUAUAAUAAAAAUGAAUAAGGUAAUCUGCCUUGAGGACAGUCUGACUGGUCUUUCCGCUUUACACAUGAUUGAUCUACUCGUCUAGUCAUAGCCUCUUUAUUUGUGGAUGAUUAAUAUUAAUCUUAAGUUAUUUGUAGACAUACCAUGGCGCCUCUUCCAUAUGUAUGUGUUAAUUACCUGUUAUUUAUUUAUUUAUUUUAUUUUAUUUUUUAUUCAAGCAAAUAUUACUAUAUAUGUUAUGUCUAUACCGAGUUUCAAACACUCAAUCUCUUUAGAAGGAGAAUUUAUACAAUAUGAGCUAAUGAUAUUCCGCUUUGAAAUUAA